AAACAUAAAAGAGGCAGAUUUAUUUGCAUUUAAACCACUGCUUGAGUGCUACAUGUUUCACUAGGGUUCUACUGAUUAGAUUGUAGAGGGAAUGUUAGUGUGUCUUUUUGACUAUUGUGUUUACUUCUGGAGUCCCCAGACUUCGGAUCAAUUUUAUAAAGUUUUUCCAGGAAAAAGUUAGGAUUUAGAAAACAAAACUUUAUGGGAGAACCUUCAUAUAUGUAUUGCAGUUCUGACCCAUGCGUAUGCAGCAUUUUAAGGGAAACUGGGAAAUGCAGACAGACCAACUAAUGACAACUCACGCAUAUAAUAAUUCAUAUCACUAAACAGUUAUUAUAAUGUGCAUUGAUGUGACAAACAUUAAACCUCAUGGGCUUGCUUUAGUUCUCUUUUAAGAGGGUCUGCAUAGUUGCACUAAAGAAACUUUUUGAUUUUUUGUCAGGCUACCUAUUGCCACUUCUCAGGGAAAACUGGCCGACAGGUCAGAAAUAUCACAGGCAAGCUUUAUUAGCUUCAUCAUGCCUUCUGUGCUGGAAUCCAUCAACCGACUGAUGAGGAGUUAAAUUCGAUUCUCAUUAAGAUGUGGGUUCACAUACAUAAAACAACAUGUUUUACUAACAUAGUAUGAACACCAGCUCAACAGCAGUGUCACAUCUUUCCUAACAUAAUCGUGGCAAUUGACUACACUAAUUUUGCAAUAAAGGCACCUGGUGAGAAUGAUGCUGCUUUUGUUAUCCAUAAGCAGCUAUAUUCCAUUAACACUCAAGUUAAUUGAGAUGCCAAGAUGGGACUGACACAAGUUGUGCUUUGGUGGCCUCAGUCAACCAAUGAUUUAUUUUGAGGCAAAGUCACCUCAAAGUAAAUGGUGAUGGUACUGUACAAGGUGAUCGUGGCUAUCCACUCAGAUGAUUUCUUGACCCCCAAAACACAGAGAGAGGUUGCUUUUAAUUAUGUUGGAUGGAUACUAAAAGACAACUAGCACAAACGUUGCCAGCUCAAGAGUUCCUUUUAUCACCUUGUACCAGAAGGUGGAUGCCAUUUCCAAAUGGACUUGCUGCAGCUAGCACUGAUUCUGCAUGUGCAGAAAAACCUUCAGAAUUACCAAACCAUGGAAACAAGCCAGAAUUUCCAGACACUGGUUGGGAUCGUAUUAAAGAACUCUUCCACAGACAUGAAACGAAUGCCUUUUCGGAGGAAAUAACCAACACUAUAAAAAGUGCACUUAUGGCUGCAGCAGUUGGAAUGAUGUAUGGAGGAAUUCCAGCAGCUAGACAUGCAAGAAAGAGGUAUAUUGAGCAAAGUAAUGCUGAAGUAUAUCGACAUCGUAUUGAGGCUGUGAGGUCAGCCCACAAUGCUGCCAUACGGGGGUUCUUACGUUAUGGAUGGCGUUGGAGCUGGAGAGUGGCAGCUUUUGUCACUGUUUUUAAUGCUGGGAGUAUCGUUUUGUCUGUAUACAGAGAUAAAUAUGUUCUUGGUCACUAUGCUGCAGCUGGUGCCAUUACAGGAGGCUUAUUCAGAAUAAAUCUGGGUUUACGUGGUUUGGUGGCAGGAUCACUAAUUGGUGGUGUCCUAGGUGUACCAGCAGGAGCACUAAUAAUGGGUAUGCAAAUGGCUUCCGGUGAAACACUAGGUGAGAGGAAGCGCAGAGAACGAAGGGAGCUGUAUGAAUUAAAACUUUCUGAGUGGAGUUCCAGACUUAAUGUAACAGAAGACAUUAUUACUGAAAUUGACAACAAAUUACAAAAUGAUUCAGCAAAAUCAGAUAUGGAAAAAAUUGAAGACAUUUUAAGUCGGAAACAUGAUGAACAUCAAAUAAAAUAAUCCAUGUUCAUAUGAAAUAUUGCAAAUUAUAAUUUAUAUUUUUUUCUAAUCAUGUUGAAAAGUAUUGAUAUUUGAAUGCAAUUAUUUGUUUAAGGACUCAGCAGAAGAAGUUACUUAUGAUGUAACCUACAGUAAUACAUAUUGUAGUGGCAUUCAUUCCUGGUCCUACAGGUCUUUGCUAUGUCGUAUUUUUCACUGCAAACCAUUUUAACUAGAAAUGAAUUCCUGGCUAUUAUUGAAGUACUUAACCUGGUUAUAAUUUUGUUGCCUUCUUUCUGCACACUCCAGGACUAUUUCAGAAUUACCCUUAUUAUUAUUAUUAUAAAAUAACAGUCAUGAAUGUUUGCUUUGCUCAGUAGUUUAAUUCUAUAGAAGUGAUUGCUAAAACUUUAAUGUGCUUAUUAUUUUUAGCAUUCAGUAUGUUUAACAUAUUGUAUUAAAUGAUAGACGGUUAAGGUACUUUUUGGACUGUUGCAUUAAAAAUCCAUAUAUAGUACUUUCCUAGUUUCAUACAGCAUGCCUGGUAACAGAAAAAGAAAGAUUGUUUAUUAAUCUGUUAUUUUACUUUAAAGCAGAAAUUCAACAUUUUUUUCAAUAAGUUAUAUUCAAAAUUAAAGGCAGUUGAUCAUUUGGAAACUGGAAGGGAAUGUUUCUGUGUUUAGAUAUUUACAGCUUGUUUGUUUUCUUUUUUCCUUAUUGCAAAUGUGAAGUAAUAUGGUAUUAAUUAUUUAAUAACAUUAGCAAAAUACACUGCUUUGACUAAAGAUGAAAUUAAUUUGAUCUCCAACUGAAGAGUAAGGUGCUUUAGUGAGGCUUAGUCAGUCAUUUGUUAAACAAGUACAGUGCAACACAAAAUAAUACAGUGAUUCUAUCCAAAGUAAUGAUAUUCUAAAUAGUAUUCAUAAGACAUUUCUCAGUUUUGAACAGUGUUUCUUUCAAUAGUGUAAGAGGUACAAGAUUGGAAAUUAUUAUCUGCAAAUUAACAUUUGAUUUGAAAAUAUUAGAACUUUGUCAGAACACACCUGCAGGAUUUGCCAUGUGGCCUUUAAUCAACAGUGUUAACAAUAUAGAAGAAAAUUGUUUCUACUACUUGUCCUGUCUUCUUAUAUAAUACGCCACCAUGGCUGUCCGUUUGUCUGCCCAGGUUUUUAAAUCACCUGUAGCUCGCAAACCGUUUGAACUAUUGACCUGAAAUUUUAUAUACUUAUACUACGUGACAUAUACUAUCCGCUCCUGGGUGAUGAUUGACCUCCAAGUUUAUUCCUCUUUUUAUUUUUAUUUUAUUUUAUUGUUGUAUCAACUUUUGGCAGCAGCCAUCCCUACUACUUUCGCCGUCACUUCCCUUGCCUCUUCAUAUCUCAAAUCAUUCUUGAGGCAGAUUGAAGACUUAAGUAUCAGCUUAAGUGAAAAAUUAAAGAAAACGUACUAAGAAAUUGCAACACAAACACUGACUGUUUUAGCAGGAAAGAAGAGAGGAAGCGGGCUACUAGGGUGGAGAAAAGAAGGGCUGCUCAGAAAGCAGCUAGCACAUCAACCUCUGAGCAAAAGAAUGCUAAAUGUACAGAGAAAAAGCAUGAAAACUAUGAAUGCUCAAGUUAACGUGCAGUGCACAGUUACUGAUUUUUGUAUAUUUAAGAACACAGACAGUACUCCAGUUUCCUCUUUGUUCUUGUAUAGCUCAGUGGACAUGCAGUGCAGAUGGAUCAAGUAAGUCCUAUUUGUCUUAGUAAUACUAAUUUCAACUUUAUGUGCUGUAUGUCAGUGAUGUCCAUUUUCUAGCUUAAAUGCAUUUUCCUGAGGUUUCCAGCAUUUACAGAUGGUCAGUGUUCAAGGUGCUGUAAUGAAUGUAUUGUGAUUUUUUUGUCAAAAUCAUUAUCUCCAAUAUCUGAAAGGGAAAUACUGAUCUUCCACUUAGGAUUCUUGAACUUUUUUGUGAGUAAAAUGGUUAUUCAUCUUCAUUCACGAUCACUUUUGAGUUACUCGAGCAUCAUUUAUAUGGAAAGGUAAAAGUUCACUGUGGACCCCUUUUUUUUAAUUGAUAGACCAGACCCUUUCAUGUUCUAAAAAAUAUUUUUUAGUUGUAGUUAUUUCCCAAUAUGUAGAUUAACCGGUGUUACGUCCACUUCAUUUAAGUUCAGGUUUUCUUUACCAAGCAGAUGCAGUUUUUAAAAAUGUUGUCUCCCAGCUGUCUUUUCUGAUUUUUACCGUAGCAUAUUUUUUUUGCCUGUUUCACUAGGUAACACACCUCUCAGUUAAUAUUUCUUUGAUGCCUGUGGUGUUGCCACCCGAAAGCUAUAUUGUACAUUGGUACAUCUUGAUAUAUACUACUCCAAAGCUACAUGCCAAUCCAUUUAAAUGCCCACUUACAGUUUCAUUUAACAUUGAAAUAAAGCAAAAAUAUAAAAUAAAAAUCAUGUAUAUGCCAAAACAAAA